AGAAACUGAAGAACAGUCUGAUGUGUAGACACACACAGAGAACAUUCAGCAUCAAGAAGAUCAACAUCCUCAACUCACAAUGAAGAUCAUCCUCAUCUUCACUUUCUUCAUCAUCUUAGGUGCAGUGAGAUGCUUCGAUGUGAUUGGAUAUUCUGGAGGAAGUGUUCUUGUGGAUUCACAGAAACCUUGGUGUAGCAACUGUUUUAAAUAUAUGACUAAACUAAACCCAAACAGAAACAUAAUAAACUAUAAGAAACACGAUCGGUGGAUUAAUGAAGGAAGAUUCACUCUGUAUUGUAACAAUGAUGGAAAACUGAUGGUCUACAUCAGAGAUCUGAACACAGAGGAUUCUGUAAGUUACCGGAUUGGUGUUGAUGACCAAUGGUACACUGAUAUGACUCUGACUGUGAGAGAAGAUUCAUGUUGUGGGGCGUCACAGACAGUGAUGGUGAAUACUGGAGAAACUGCAAACUUCAGAUGUCAAUAUUCACAGGAUUAUAAGUACUAUGACAAGAUCAUCUUUAAGGAAGGAAAAUACUCAGUGAAGAAUAUCUACAGCAAAUGGGAGAAGAAAGAGAGUUUCAGUAUUUCUGACGACAAAUAUAAAAACCUCUUCAGUGUGAAAAUAACUGAUGUGAGAUCAGAAGAUGCAGGAGUUUAUUUAUGUGGAGUUCAGCGUUACAGAGACUCCUACAGUUACUCGAUUAUUACUGCUGUUCAUCUCAACAUUAUGAAUACAGCUUUGUCACAUUUGUGGGUGAAUAAAUCAGUUUUUCUUGGUGAUGAAGUCAAUAUUAGCUGUCAGAUCCCAGAGGAACAUCAAGUCCGUCCAAAACUCUUUUGUAAAGAGGAUGAAAAUCACAUCUGCCAAAACAUCAACACAUCUAAAGUUAAACUGAAUGAUUUAUCUCCUAAAAGUGUUUUUACUGUGACCAUAAGUAAUGUGACAGUGAGAGAUGCUGGAGUUUACUGGUGUGGAGCAGAAACCACUGAGAGAGAUUUAACUUUCAUCUCUCUGACCACUAAAGUUCAACUCAAUCUGUUCAUGCCUCCAGUGUUUGGAGAUGAAGGAGGAUCUGCUCAGAUCAUCUGUCCUUAUGAUCCCAUCUAUAAAUCAAAGUCAAAGUAUCUGUGUAAGAGCUCCACUACAGAUAGAAAUCCUCUCAUUGAGACUGUGAGAGAUGAGAUGAAGAUGAACAGAUUGACUGUGAAUGAUGACAUGACAGCAAGUGUGUUUACUGUGAACAUCACUGGAUUGACAGCAGAGGAUGCUGGGAAAUACUGCUGUACAGUGAGAUUAGAAACAGAUGUGAUUUAUCUUUACACUCAUCUGAUUAUUAUCAUGAACGAGGAGGUGAUCUUGAAUAAACGUGAAGGAGACGACAUGUCAAUCCAGUGUAAACAUCAUGCUGAAUAUCAGAAACUCUUCUGUAAAACACAUGAACCCUCAAUGUGUAUAAAUGAUGGAGUUUCAUUACAGUCAAUGAGAGAUAAUGAAACAUCUGCUGGAGUCUUUACUGUAAACAUCAGUCAUCUGAGAGAAGAGGAUUCUGGGUUAUACUGGUGUGGAUCUCACAUCAUCACUAAAGUCAAGUUAAACGUCACAAGAGCUCUAAACCACAGAAGAGAUCUAAGUUUAGUUUUACUGUCAUCAAAGUUCUCAGGAAACCACAUCUCUGAAGUAAGCGAGAAAGGUGGAAAGAAAGAGAAGAAAACAUACGUCUAA